CACAUACACACACACACACACACACACACACACACACAGCUACUCUGUAAACAUACAGCAGGAUCUUCUCACAGAUGAGCUAAAGAUGGUGCUGUUCAGUGGUGUGUGAUGAAGGAUUAUAAAUGAAGUUGUCUUCCAGAGACGACAUCAUUGCAUGCUUUCCACAUAAGUCCGAAGAGCAUUAAGAGAACCGAACCAAUCAUCAUGAUAGACCUGAGCUACCUGAAUGAGGAGGAGCAGGAGGCCAUUAUGGCAGUGUUGAAGAGGGACGCUGAACUGAAGAAGGCAGAGGAAGAGCGAGUCAAGCAUCUGCAAGAACAAGGCCCUGAGGAGGGCAAACUGAAGUACAUCACAGGGGAGUGGUUUUAUGAGGUAAAGUCUCAGAGACACCAGGACAGAAUUCACGGCUCAGAUAUCAUCAUAGCAUCCAUGAAACAGAAGAAACCUAUGACAGUAGAGUUUUCAACACAGUCAUGGAGAGAUCGACCCAAUAAAUCUAACAAUGAUCUCAUGACACCGCAACCAAAAUCAACAGACAAUCUAAAGGAGAGGAGACCAACAGAGACUCAGCAAGAAAGUCGAAACAGGCAAAGACACAAUCCAUUCAACAAUGUGCCAAUGGAUCUAGAUUUUGAUGUAACAAAUGGACCCUUAGUGCCUGAAACUAAGAAUCCACCAGAUGUGGAUUCUACACUAAAUAAAGAAGGAUCAGAAAUAGACACCAAGACCAAAGUUUUUCACAUUUUACCAGAAAAACCCCCUCGUCAAAAGCCUGUGCCAAAAAAAAGAACGAAAAUUUUUAAUGUCCAGAACUCAGCUGCAGACAGCACCAGCUCUAUCUCCAGCCAGAGUGUGUCUACAAAUACAUCUGUGUCCACACAAAGUGCAUCUACAUGCUCCAGCACCAUGUCCCCUGUGUCCACCCAGAGCAUGUCUACAAACUCUGACAGUAGGUCUACUCUGUCCACUCAGAGCAUGUCUACAAACUCAGAAAUCAGGUCUCUUCCACCAAAAGGUAUCCUCAAACACAGUUCCAGCUGCAGCUCCAGUGACUCCAACAUCAAAAGCCGGCUGCCUCAACCCCGCAAAACCCUCAAUAUUGCUUCCACCAAGACUGGUCAUGAACACAUUCUUGAAGAGAAUGCAGUAACCCAGGAGAGUAUAGAGGAGUCUUCCCUCAAAGACAAAGAACCACUAAAGCCCACUUCACCACAGAAGUCGACCUUUCCAACAUCACGACUGCCAGUUCGAUCCUCAAUGGUGCUGAAUAAUCCAACACAAACAGCUAAAGAGAAGCCAAACAUUCAACCAAGACUGAGUCUGAGUUCCAGCACACAGUCAAAUGAUGAACAAAAAACAGAAGGCAUACUGGAUACUAAGCAACAAUGUGAAAAGAGUUUAAAUUGGUUGAUAUCUGCAGAACCAGAAAAACAAAAUAUAGCUGAUGGAAUGAUAAAGGAACCUCUCUCGAUUCCUAGAGCAAGGGCCAAGUCACCAUAUGAAGCCCUGUUAGCCAAACCAUUAAAGGAGAGCAUAAACCCUCAAAUCAUACUGAAGAACCAAGAGAAAGAGGACAGUAAGGCAUCUAAGAGGGAAAAUGAAACGACAGAAGAAAAAUUGGUCCGUCCUUUAAGCAUUAGAGAUCAACAGGCAUAUGAAGCCAGCAACCCAACUAAUGCAUGUAAUAGGACCGAUCCUUCCUUUGCGGCAUGUGAAAGUGACUACAUGCCAUGUCCGUUUGAUAUGAAGAUAACUAGAGGCACUAACAAUAAGACAGAGAAUCGCACAGGCCCUCUUAUGGCCAACCUCCGUUCUCCCAAAGCUUCUGAAGAACAAGGAGACUCCAUUGCUAAAGUUUUAGAAUGGUUCAGCAGGAGCUCAGACAGCAGUGAUAGACUUGACUGUGAGGGCAUUAUGCCAGACACUGAAGAUGAUAUCAGGAUUGAAGACAUUGACUUUGACACUGAGAUCAAUUCAAGACCCAACGCAGAGAACAAUGUAUACUUGAUCAUUCCAAGACAUAUGCAUGAGGAUAGAGCUAUGACGAGUGAUGUAUUUUUAAACAAGAGUGAUUUAGCAGUAGAGAAAGAUAAGAAAGAGACUUCUAUGAAUUCUCAGGCUGUUCAGGAUCUAAUUGAUCAGACUAAACCACUGAGCACAGAAGAAAUUUCUGCCAUUGGAUCUUCUAGUCUAUUUAGGCACAGAUCACCACAGGACACCAGUAUUAGACUGUUGGAUUCUGAAAAAACAACUCCAAAAGAGAAAGAGCUUGAGAUCACUGACAAAAAAAAGGGAAGUAGAAAUACUGAGAAGACUGGAAUUCUAGACAAUAAUCCCAAUCAACAUGAACUGCAAGGAUUUAAAGCUAGUCACUCACCAAAAAUCGACAAUUUGCAGUCACUGUGGGAACAAGGUACCAUUGAGGAACCAGUGAUGCUACUGAGCAAACCAAACAUAAAUUCUGAAAAGGAAAAUAUUGACCAAAAUAAUUUUGGCAGGAAGGUAAUUGAGUUUAAAGAGGAACCAACCAAAACUGACAUUAGUCCAAAAUAUUCAGUAAAUGAGAACAAAAAAUAUGUGAACAAAUCUCAUGUAAAGAACAUUUCAAAUGUUGGUGAGAUACAAGCUGAUGACAUCACAUAUGAACAUUUAAAUAAAAAAGAAGAUAGCGACAGAGAUAAAUCUAAAGAUAUACAAGCACCAAUGAGCAAUAUAAAUCAGAUAAAAGAUAUAAUGGCUCUAAGUAGCACCUCAGACAAGGAUGGUAACAAAUGUUUGGACCAAAAAUCCUCAUCUUCAAUAGAUUUAAGACUCCAGAUAGGAGAUCACAGCAAUGACAAUGUUGGAGGAAAUGAUAAUAGUAGUGAGGAAGGAUGUGCAACAAUACUAGAGAUGGACCAAAAAAUAAAGACAGAGGAAAAAGAAUCACAACUAAGUCCUACACCAACAUCUAGUGUUCCAUCCCAGCAAGAAAACCCAGUCCCAGUAGCAAAGAAAAGCAUCCAGCAACAAAACAACAAAGCAGAAAGGAUCAAGGAACUCAAAUCAUUUUGGGAAAAAGAGAAAUUGCAAUCAAACAUACGUACGAAAUCAAUGGCAGCAAAUGACACGAACUCAUCUGCGACGUUUACAAAGCUGAAUAAAAGGUUCACCAAAUCAGAAUAUGAUCUAAGUACCAUCAGCACAGAAUCUGAGCCAGAAACUUUUUAUUUUACGGUUCUUCCACUACGAGACAGAAUAGACAAGACAGUCACAGGAGAAGGUAUGAACAGUUUACAGUUUAAGAUGCUCCGUGACUUCUGGGCAGGAUCUAGCAAGCAGUCAUCCAAUUUUGAAAACAAAAUUCAUAAGCAAUUAAGUCAGGAUGGUAAACAAGCAAAAACUUACAAAGAGGUAAGUCAACUUGAACAGGUGGAUACAAAACACUCUUCGAACCAAAAUACGUGCCCAAACCAGGCAGAAAAGGGGUUUGGAAAUGAUAAUAGAAAUACUAUGCCUAUGACUUCAGAGACAGAAAGACAGCUCCAGUCAUUUUCAAAAGAGAAAACUGUUGACAAAAGUCCUGAUAUUGGUACCACAGCUAACUUGCAUAUUUCUCCAACUGAGCCAGAUGUUCUGAGAUCAUCCCAUUGUCCUCAGCCAAAGAGUGGCUUAAAGUUAUCUCCAAAAGAUACAUCAUCUCCUAAAACUCCAGAAUUCCAGCAGCAGACUAGAAGUACUGGCAAAGGAACUUUACAUGGAAGAGGAAAUUCUCUUCGACGUGCCACCAGCAUGUUUGCAAUAAAUACGGAAACUCAAGGUGAAAAUUUACCCUUGCAGUCUAAGAAGGUAUCUGACACAGUCCGCCCACAGCUUGGGAAGAUGCCAGAAAGUACGGUGUUAUCAUCUACAAAAACACCAGAAUUUAAAGAAGUUAAUUUACAGUCCAAAAAAUCUCCAGAAAUCACCAAGAGUAAGCAAAGCGCCACUGACAGAAGCACUUCUGAGGAUCUUGAUUCUCAACCUCUUGCCAGGUCAUUUGUUUCACGAGACAAUCAGCAUUAUCUGGGAAUCACUGAAAACAGAGGCAAGGACAUUUCUCCCCAAGGUACACUGCAGAAGAAGAGUGAAUUAGUGUGCACCUCCUUUCAGACAGACGGUAGUGUGAGGUGCUGUCUUGAGAACGCUGACACUCCCAUAGACGCUGCAGAGCUUCGCACCAGAAGAGGGAGCUGGGGACAUGCAAGUGAAGAUAACCCUGAGACCUUAAAUAGAGUUGAUUCCUUCUCUGGGACAAGUGCAAACUUCACUGAAGUGAGCCUAGUUCAAGAAGCGCUAAGACGGGCAUCCACUAGACCUGUAUACCAUAAAAGCCUUGAAGACAUUACUGCAGUACCUCGACAAAGUAAAAAAAGCAAACACAUGGAUGAUUUCGUGACUAGCAGCUAUGCAAUCUCCAGCACUCCAUCGCCAUCUUCAUCUUCCUUCUCUGAUAAAGAGCACUUGAGGAAAAUCAGCAAAUCGGUUCCCAAUUUCUUGGAGAAUGAGAAUGAUGGAGAUGAGAGUGACUUGGAGUGCAGCUCCCACAGUAGCAAGCACUGGAAGAACAGUCCUCAGGCUAAACUUAAAAGCCACUCUCGCAUGACCGCAGCGCCUUCUAUGAGCAGGAGCAUAAUAAGCAUUUCCAGUGCGGACUUUGGGAAUGUUGAAGUUCAAGGGACGAUCCAGUUUUCAAUCAGCUAUGUCCAGAAGCUAAGGGAGUUUCACAUCUUUGUAGUUCAGUGCCAAAAUCUAGCUGCAGUAGAUGUGAAGAGGAAUCGAUCUGACCCGUAUGUUAAGAGUUACCUUAUACCUGACACUGCCAAUCUGGGAAAAAGAAAAACAUCAGUGAAAAAGAAGAACUUGAACCCAACAUAUAAUGAGAUUCUUAGGUAUAGAGUUCGAAUGGAGUACUUAAAAACCCAGAUCCUUAACCUGUCUGUUUGGCAUAAUGACACAUUUGGUCGCAACAGCUUCCUGGGAGAGACAGAGAUUGACCUUUCCAAGUGGGACUUUGGAAGCCCUUGGAUCAACUGUUUACACCUCAAACCAAGGAACACAAGCAGCAUCCUGUCCACUGAUGAAAGGGGCGAGAUGAGACUGGCCAUACGGUUCUUACCUCACAUCUCCCUUUCAAAAUCGGCCCUAGGCUCAGGUGAAAUUCACAUUUGGGUCAGAGAUUGCAGGAACCUGCCUCUGAUUCGUGGUGUAACAAUAAACCCAUAUGUGAAAUGUUAUGUGCUGCCCGAUACCAGCAAAAAGAGCUGCCAGAAGACACGAGCGUUAAAGAGGACAGCAAGUCCUGUGUUUAACCACACAAUGGUGUAUGAUGGAUUCAGGACAGAGGACCUGAAAGAGGCCUGUGUGGAGCUCACAGUGUGGGACCGCGACCGACUCUCUGAUCACCUGGUAGGAGGACUGAGACUCGGUCUAGGAACAGGGCAGAGUUAUGGCACAAACGUGGACUGGAUGGACUCCGUUGAUAAGGAGGUAGCUUUAUGGCAAAGAAUGAUGGAUUCCCCAAAUGAGUGGGUGGAGGAUGUGUUGCCGUUGCGAAUAAUGACAGUAGCAAAACUUACUUAGAAAUAAUGUUGUUAUAAAAUGCCAAAAUGCAAUAACAUUCUCUCAUUGAGUGCUUUACUGGGUUUCAUUUGAUCUUAAAACAACUUGAAUUCUUUCUGGUGUGGAUUCCACAAGAUUCCUUUGAGAUUCUGGUCCAUGGUGACAUGAUUGCUUCACACAAUCCCUGCAGAGUUUUCAUGUGCACUUUCAAGCUACGAAUCUCCUCUUCUACCACAUCCCAAAGAUGUUCCAUUAGACUUAGAUACAGUUACUGGGAAGGACGCUGAAAAACAUUGAACUCAUUGCCAUGUUAAUGAAUCCAGUUUCAGAGAACUUUUUCUUUGUGACAAUGUGCAUUACCUGGAAAUAGCAGUUAAAAGUUAAAUUGUGGCCAUGAUGGAAUGCACAUGGUCAGCAACAAUACUCUGUGGCAUUCAAGCGAUGAUUGGUUGGAAAUAACAGAACGUCAAAGAAUACAUUCCCUACACCAGGUCAACACCUACUGUAUAUCAGCCUGGACUAUUUACACAAGGCAGGUUGGGUCCAUGGUUUCAUGAUGUUGGCACCAAAUCCUGUCCGUACCAAACAAGGCCAGGAUUCAACCCAGCCAGUAUGUCACCAACAAACAUGCCACAAUCAAAAUAACUUUAGAUCACACUUUCCCCAUUCAUAUGGUUAUUGUGAACAUUGCACUGCCAUAUCAUUGACUGAUAAUUUCAUGAAUGAGCAGGUUUACCAUUGUUUCUAAUAAAGUACUCAGUAACUA